CAUGGACGACGGUGCAGACCCGGAGGCGGAGGUGGUGUCGCUGUCGCCGCGGACUUUGCUGGACUCGUCCAGGUACGCGUGCGAGAUCUGCGGCCAGAUGUUCCGGCGGGAGCAGAAUCUGGUGUUCCACCGUCGGGGCCACGACAUGCCGUGGAAGCGGGAUCCGGCGGCGGCGGCGGCGCCGCGGAAGAGGCGGGAUGCGGCGGCGCCGCGGAAGAAGCGGCGAGAUGAGGCGGCGGCGUCGCGGAAGAAGCGGGCGUUCGUGUGCCCGGAGCCCAGCUGCCUGCACCACCACCCCUCCCAUGCCCUCGCCGACCACUGCGGCAUCAAGAAGCACUUCCUCCGCAAGCAUGGCGGCCACCGCCAGUGGGCCUGCGCCCGUUGCUCCAAGGCCUACGCCGUCCUCAACGACUACAAGGCCCACGUCAAGACCUGCGGCGGCCACUCCGCCUGCGGCCCCAUCUUCACCCGGUACGCGCUCUCCUAGUGAUGGGAGUUUCUGUAUUGUUGCCCGCUGCUCCGUCACUAACUCCUGGCCGGGCGCGUCGAAACGCGGUGCAGGGUGGAUAGUUUCGUGGAGC